CAAACAUGUUAUGAUUUAAGAAGAAAAAAAAAACAAGUUUAAAAUUCUAUUCAAGGAUUUGGAGGAUGUAAAAUUGAUCUUUGUAAAUAAAACCUAUAAUGUUGUGUAUAAAGAAAUUCAUAGUUUGUGUUAAAGAUGUGAAACUAUUUGAAAGGAGAUAACUGAUUAAUUUUUUUCAUGUUGGAAAAAAAAGACAUUUUUUUCCGUAUUUGAAUUACCUGUUCUUAUUCUGAAUGAGAUUUUGAUAGAGCCUGUGUUUAGUAAAGAAAGAUUUUUGAUGGUGGAUUGCUGUCUCAAACCUAUUAACCCUGCAUCUUCUGUUUUUAACUUGAGUAAACUGUGUGAGACCACUUUAUAAUGAAGUCAGAUAUAUAAGAUGUUACCAAUUUUUACGUUAACUGGGAUAUAGCAGUAAUUCUGAGUGUAACUGUAAAAAUGACUUCAGCUGCAGUGCUGCCACCUAUCCACCUCCAUAAUUUAGGGAGGUCCCAUACUAUGUAUGAGAGCAGUAACAGACAAACAGUAUUACAAUACGUUACUGGUGUACAUAUAUCCACACCAUCCAGCUACAAUAGAUCUUCCCGCAGUAGUUUAGGGGCUUCAUCAAGAAUUAACAGACCAAGAACAGCUGCUGCAGUUUUAACUAAUAAUGAAUGUGACCGAGUUUCCCAGGUAGAACAUGAACCAACGAGAAGACACAACUUAGAGAACCACAUGCCACUCAAAAGAGCAAGACCUCCGCCAUGGCAGAAAAACUUAGAUCCACCAAUGGUACCGUUUGUUUGUGGACCAGGAUAUAUCUUGUCCAGAAGUAAAACAAAGUUUGCCAUGACAAUCAAAGAUGAAUUCUUUGAACCUCAAGAAGAAGAAAGUGCCAGUCCAGGGCCCAGGAAGAAGCUUGACAAUGAAAGAGAUUCUUUGAUAUCACAGUUACAGCAACAAAUUUCUGAUCUAACAUUGUACUUAGAAGAGGAACGGCUGAACCAUAAACAGACAAAACAAAGGGCUGAAGAAUUUUUGAGGGACCAGAUUGAUGAAUUACACAAGCGACAUAGAGAACAAACAAGAGAUUUAGAGGAAGAUCAUGAAGACGAGAUGGAUAAACUAAGAAACCAACUGGAAGCUGAUAAAACUCAAAUGCAAACUGCCAAAGAUAAAGAUAUAGAAAAAAUGAGAAAAGAAAUAGAAUUUUUGCAGGGUUCAUUUGCCUCAUAUAAAACCACUGUCCAUCUUGACCAGGAUGAGAAAUGGAAAAAACGUGAACAUGACAUGACCAUGUUAAUGGAGGAAAAUAAACAGACAGCAAUGCAUGAACUAAGAACAAAGUUUAUACAAGAGAAAAAUUCUGAAAGAAUAACUGUACAGAAAGACCAUCAGAAAAAUAUAGACAAUCUACGCAAAGAUCAUAAAAAAGAACUUGAUGCACUAGUCAGACGAUUUUCUAAUGUUGCUGCUGAUCUUGAAAGGUUAAAGAGAACAACAGCAGAGUUGAAAGAAGUAAAAAGUGAAUUGGAAGAAGUUAAGAACAGUUAUAAUGAGACAUGUAAAUUAUUAGCAACAACAACUAGAGAUUUAGCUGAUACAAAAGUUAAACUAAUGUCUUUUGAAGAACAGUUUGAAGAAAAAGUUCAACAAGUCGAUGGCAAAUAUAAAGAUCAAAUCAAUAAUCUGAUGACUAAAAAUGUUGAGUUACGGAGAUUAUAUGUUAAGAAAUGUGGAGAAUUGUACGAUGAGAAAGUAUCAGCUGAUGAGGAGAGAGUUGUCCGAGUGUCGUCUGCUAAAGAAGUCAUGCAUAGCAUGUUAAAAUCUAAGCACAAAGCUGAUGUCAGUUUCACCCCCGGAGAAAUUCUGACGCCAGAAGAAAAAUCUAUAAAAACGUUAAAAUAUAGACGUUCUAGUGCACCAAUAACUCAGGAAGAAGCAGAACUUGCAUAUCAAGGGUCUGGGAAACUUGAAAAUUUUGUUGAUGAUGAGGACGAUUUUAUUCUUGCUGAUCCCAUAAUUCCAGAGUCAAGACAGGAAAUAGAAGAAAUGAGAAAGGAAUUGUUGGGAGAAAUUGAACAGACAGUAUUAGAUGAAAAUGAAGAAGACGACUUAUUUUAGCAAAGUUUUAAAUAUUUGUUUAUUGAAUAGAAUGAAGUUUUUUCUGUCAUGUUUAUAGGAGUCUCUUGAAGGGCUUUGUUUGUUAUUUGAAAAAAAUGUAAGCAAUUUAAUUACUUCAGAAUACAGCAUCUUUCUAUUAAAUCUAGAUUAGAUUUUUCAAAGAUAUGUUCCUAUGCCAAUGGAGUUUACAAAGAAUACAGCAACUGAGAAUUAGUUUUAUUUUUGUAAUCAUUGGCUUCCAACAGUCAAGCGAUUUUGGUAAAUGAUUUGCAAUUUGUGUUGUUUGACAUUGUUGGUUUGAGAAUUUUAUAAACUCUUGAACAAGUGGUUCAAAACUUUGUCUGUUUUUUAUGGCAUUUGGGAUAAAUCUUCAGAGUUUCUAGAUGAAAUAUUAUUCUUUACAAAUUAGGCAUAUUUCUCUCUAUUUAGAUAGGUUAUGCAUCAAAUGAUAUUUUCUUUAUGCCUAAUAUUUUUACAUUUGAAUUCGCUUAUAGUUCUGAUUUAUGUUGUUAAUGAGCAAAUUUCUAAAUAGUGUCUUUAGUUAAUAAUUCAAAAAAAGUGUACCUACAGUCAUGACAGCUGAUUUAGUGAGUCAUGAUAGUUGCCUUAGUAACUGUUGUGGCAGUUACUAGGAAAACAUUUUGUAACGUUUACAAGUAGAAUUCUAAUUUAACAUUCAUGUUCCAUUUUUUUUAUAGAUCUUAUUUAAGGCAUCAGUUUUACAUAGAAAUUUUUGCAUUAUGAAUUUAUUGUACUUCAACUGUGAUAAUUUUAGACAAUUUUAUUUUUAUAUGUCAUUUUAUGUCUAAAUAUAAAAAGAAUAUAAAACUUA